AUGGGAAACCAAACAUCAGUGUCAGAGUUCAUUCUUGUUGGAUUGACAGAUGAUGCUGAUCUGCAAGCUGUGCUGUUCCUCUUUCUGCUGGUAACUUAUGUCCUAAGCAUCACGGGGAACUUGACCAUCAUUAUUUUGACCCUGCUGGACCAUCGCCUCCAGACUCCUAUGUAUUUCUUCCUCCGGAAUUUUUCUGUUUUGGAAGUAUCUUUCACCUCUGUCUUUGUUCCCAAAAUGCUCAUCAAUAUUGGGACAGGAGACAAGUCAAUCUCCUUUGCUGGUUGUUUCACUCAGUACUUUUUUGCCAUCCUCCUGGGAGCAACAGAGUUUUACCUCUUGGCAGCCAUGUCUUAUGAUCGCUAUGUGGCCAUUUGCAAACCCCUCCAUUACACCACCAUCAUGAACAGGAGACUCUGCUUCCUCCUAGUCAUUUGUCGCUGGUUCUCUGGGUUUUUAGUUGUCAUUGCACCACAUAUAAUGACUGUCCAGCUGCCUUUCUGUGCAUCCAACGUCAUCAAUCAUUAUUGCUGUGACUAUACUGUCUUGUUGCAUUUAGCCUGUUCAGACACACACUUAAUAGAAGUGACUGAGUUUGUUGCUGCUGUAGUUACCCUCAUCUUCACCUUGGUUUUAGUGAUUCUUUCCUACACGUACAUCGUCAGGACAAUUCUGAGACUCCCCUCUGCUCAACAAAGAAAGAAAGCUUUUUCUACAUGUUCCUCCCACAUGGUUGUGGUCUCACUUUCUUAUGGAAGCUGUAUCUUUAUGUACAUAAAUCCCUCUGUUAAGGAUGCAGCAACUUUUAACAAGGGAGUGGCUGUUUUAAACACCUCCGUUGCUCCUCUUUUGAAUCCUUUCAUCUAUACACUAAGGAACAAGCAAGUGAAAACAGCCUUCAGAGAUAUGGUCAGUAAAAUACCAAUUUUUUCAAGAAAAUGA